GUUCAGUGCUUAGUAGUCCGCGAUGCGCGCGCGGUAGUCGACAUCUGUCCGUUGGAAAUCGCGUUAAAAUUUUGUGCGCGAGUGUCAAGUGUUUGUGACAGUUUUUGUUAGACGUUUUUCGGUUAUUGCCGCCGUAACUAUAAGUUCGGUUCACGAGACGCCGACGCGUCGGCGGCGGGCCGUUUUCGACUGCGUUUUCAACGGUCGUCGCCGUUAUUGUGAUAAUGUGCCGGCCGACAUCGACGACGACGGCGGUGACGCACCAGCUACGGACGAGUUCGGCGGGCCGAGCGCGAUGAAGUCCACCUCGUGGAUCCCGGCCGCGGCCGUCAUCGUUCUGAUCGCCCUAUGCGCCCCUCAGCCAGGACUUGGUGAUUUGACCGGAAGUCCUCCGACCAUAUGGGUAGAUCGGAAUUGGGUAGUCGACUCCACAGCACCCGUCGGCACGGUGGUGGCCCGGGUUCGCGUGUCCGACGUUGGCAACGAGACGGUCCUGGUGUACGGGCUGGAACACUCGACGGGCUUCAACAUCGUCCAAGAGAACGAGGAUCCGUUGCCAUUCACAAUCGACGAAAACGGAAGAGUCACCACAAACACGUCUCUGACGAACAAGGAAGGAAAAAAUAUUUACCUAUAUGUGACAAUCAACGAUGGUCACUUAACAUCCAAGACACAGGUAUGGGCAAAAGUGGAAGGGCCCGGUGGUGGCGAUAACAGGAAUAAGCUAAAUGGCGGAGGACUUCCGCCAAACUUCUUUUCAUCGCAGUUCCGACCACCACCCCCACCAUCGAUCCCAAUCAACGGGGCCGGAGGCAAUUUUCAGGGCGUUGUGUUUACGCCCCCUAACAAACUUCCACCACCCGGACCGGCCAGGACGACGCCUCCCAGGCCACCGAAUAAAGUUCCUACGGUGAAGCCAACGACAACCACAGUUAUUGCUACGCAAAAGACAGUCGCCACUGAUACACCCAUCGCCGAGGCCUCCACAUCACCGACGACAGCCGGUAGCAUAGUCAGCUCGACCGUGGUAACCGACCCAGAUGGAAACCAUAUACCAUUUAUCUUCACCAACACAGAGCCUGAAUCCAGCACCAUUAAUACCACGGCUGCUACUACCACUCUAUCCAGCGAGACAAGAAACGUGACAGAAAUAGCACUCACCCCUCCCACAGUGACCACCCAGCAACCAAUUCAAAAUAACUUAGUGUUGGCCUUAGUACCAAUUGUGAUCGCUACCGUAUUUCUGACCACAGCCGGCGUUCUCGCUUGUUUGUUUCGAAAAAGGCUGUUUUCCUCCAAAGUCAAGUCUAAAAAAGUCAAUUCAAUCGGAAAAAAGAAGAGCUUUAGAUCGGACGAUCCGAUGGUCAUGCACCACUGGAGCGGACCACGGGCUUUCACCAGGUACGAGAGCUGGGGCUCGGAUCCAUCGACCCAUGGACAGUACACUGGUGGCAAGGAAUCAGCGAUCAAAGAAGUCGACCCGUGGGAGAUACCCAGACACCACGUGCGGGUGUGCUCAAUACUGGGCGAAGGAAGUUUUGGCCAAGUCUGGAAGUGCGAGGCGUACAACGUCAUGGGGUUCAAGGGCAACAUGGUAGUCGCAGUAAAGACGCUCAAGGACAACGCGGGCGAACGAGAACGACUCGACCUGGUACAGGAACUGCAGGUGAUGAAAUCGCUGGAGCCGCAUCCACACGUCGUAAAACUUUUGGGAUGUUGUUCAGAGAGAGACCCCUUGUUCGUCGUCAUGGAGUACGCGAAAUUGGGCAAACUCCAGAGCGUGUUGCGGAACUCUCGAGGCAUAAACUACUACACGAAUACUCAUGGGCCGAGUUCGUUGACGUCGCACGAACUCAUUAUGUUCUGCUAUCAGAUCGCCAAAGGAAUGGACUUCUUGUCGUCUAAAGGGAUCAUACACAGAGACCUGGCAGCCCGGAACAUACUGGUGACGGAAGACCGAGCGUGUAAGAUCUCCGACUUCGGAUUCGCUCGGGACGUGGCCAGCAGCCGUGUGUACGAGCGCAAGUCCGAGGGCCGGCUACCCAUCCGGUGGAUGGCGCCCGAGUCGCUGUUCGACAACCUGUACUCGGCCAAGUCGGACGUCUGGUCGUUCGGCGUACUUAUGUGGGAAAUCGUGACGCUCGGCUCAACGCCGUACCCGGGAGUGGCCGCGGCGGACGUCAUGAAGCGCAUCCGUGACGGUUAUCGGCUGGACAAACCGCAACACUGCCGGCGCGAGGUAUACAACAUCAUGUUCUACUGCUGGGACAAGUGUCCGGACGACCGGCCCGACUUCGCCGAGCUCAUGGGACUGCUCGACAAGCUGCUGGUCGACGAAACCGACUACAUACAGCUGGACAGGUUCCCGGACAACGCGUACUACAACAUCACCACAUGCAUAAGUGGCGAGCGCCUGUGACAAGUCUCCACCGCCGUCGCCCCCGACGCCACUUCCGCCCGGAAGAAAAACCGGCAGCGACGACGAUGUGAUUCCGUUCGACCGUGUCGUUUCCGUUAAUUAUAAUAUUAUAUUAUCACUCGUCUAUGAGUAUCACGUAUGUCGCACGUCUAAAAAAAUAAUAAUAUUAAAAAACUUUUGCAAUAGGUAUACCGGUAUACGGCACGACAGAAAUAUUUAUUACGAAUUGCCGUCAUCCGGCCUACCCGGUAUAUAUUUAUAAUACAACAAUAAAACUGCGUGAGAUCUCGCUUUAUACGCGAGUGUAUCAGUUGUAUAAUAUUAUUAUUGUAUGUUAUUUUUCUUAUUUUUUAUUGUCUAUAAAAAAAUAUUAUUAGCGCUUAUUGUAUAUACAUAUAUAUUAAGAAUUUAAAAACUUUGUCGACGUCGUUUGUUUAGUUUACGCGAUGUACCGUCCCUUCUCAUAUUGCUCAUGUUAUAGCACAAAAACGAUGUUUGGAUAGAUUGAAACGAAUGCCUAUUUAUCUUCAAACACGAAUAUACAAUGAAUAUUUGUAUUUCGUUGUUUUUUUUUUUAAAAAGAAAGAGAAAAUCGCUAGUCUUUUUUUUUUAAUUUUCGUGCUUACUAUUGCGACUAUACGUAAUACCUCAUAUUAUUCAUAUAUAUAUAUUUAUGUCAUGUUUUCCAAACAGUAUUUAAUAUAUAUAAUAUAGGUAUUAUUUUACGAAUGUUAUACUAUUCUGUGCGAAUAGUACACAAUCAUGUAUGUUAUUGUUAUGGUAUUAUACUGAUAUAGUACCAAAAAUAUAUUUAUGCAUAAUAAUGUAUCCAUAAAUUAUAAUAUAAUAUAGUUGCAAGUUCUCGA